AUGGUCCUCCUGCAGCCGGGGAGUGCAAAUCCGCGGGGCUUCAGAGAGCUUGAGGCGAGGGUCUCAGAUUCAGAGUGGAUCGAGAGGCCCCUGUGUCCAUCAGGAGCGGCCUCGUCCCAAUCCAGAGGCGCCCUGAAUGUUCUCAAGGGCUCUGGUGCGCCUCAGGGCGGGGAGAAGCUUCACAAGUGCUUGGAAUGUGGGAUGAGCUUGAGCCAGAGCUCCAGCCUGAGAAACCAUCAGCGCAUCCACACCGGGGAGAGGCCCUACGAAUGUGGGGAGUGUGGGAAGAGCUUCAGCCGGAGCUCCAGCCUGAUCCAGCACCAGAGGAUCCACACUGGGGAGAGGCCCUAUGAGUGUGGGGAAUGUGGGAAGGGCUUCAGCCGGAGCUCCAACCUGAUCCAGCACCAGAGGAUCCACACUGGGGAGAGGCCCUAUGAGUGUGGGGAAUGUGGGAAGGGCUUUGCCAGCAGCUCCCACCUGAUCCAGCACCGGAUGGUCCACACCGGGGAACGGCCCUAUGAGUGCUUGGAUUGUUGGAAGAGCUUCAGCCGGAGCUCUGACCUGAGGGUACACCAGCGCACCCACACUGGGGAGAGGCCCUAUGAGUGUUCUGAGUGUGGGAAGAGGUUUCACAGGAGCUCCCACCUCCUCGUGCAUCAGCACAUUCAUACGGAUGAGAGGCCCUUCCGCUGCCCCAAGUGCAGGAAGGGCUUCAAACGGAACGCCCACCUCAUCAUCCACUGGCGCAUCCACACCGGGGAGAGGCCCUACGAGUGUCCCCAGUGUGGGAAGAGCUUCUCACAGAGCUCUGCCUUGACCCAACACCAACAGAGGCACCGCUAA